CUGAACCAUCACUCCCGACAACCAAUCAGCUGAUGACUGACGCGAGCGGAUGAGCAAUCAAAGAAUUGGUGCCUCUCACAUCCUUGGGUACCUGGGGGCAGUCUAACCCGCAGAUCUGACUUCCUGAGGGUGAGGGCUGCACGUUUUGCCGUUCCUGUAUCGUCUUGUUUAUCGGUGAUGGAAAACAACCGCUGCUUUACCAACCGGUUCUCUGACUACAAAGGUGCCUUGCUCGCGGGCCAGGACGCGCAGGUCGUCGUGCCCGCCGUCGUUGCAGCGGUCGAUAAAGUCCUGAAACGGGUUCCUGUCGAUAUCAGCGACUGCGAUGGGGGUCUGUACGACGGCCCGGCCGGGGUGGCUUACAUGCUGUAUCAUGUCAGCGAGUGUCCGCUGUUCUCCGAGCACCGGGACUCGUACCUGAAGACGGCCAAGCGGAUCAUCGACGUGUCGGUCAGGUACGUGGACGCGGAGCCGGACAGGAACAUGCGGGCGGCCUUCCUGCUCGGAGGGGCGGGAGUCUACGCCGUGGCCGCUAUGAUCUACAAAUCGAUGGGCUUGGCUGAGUUCGUCAGGCCGCUGAGCAAAUUUCGGAACCUGUGGGAGGUGUGUGCGCCCAUCCGUUUCCUGGAGUGUGGCUCGGAUGAGCUGUUUGUGGGGCGGGCUGGAUACCUGUGUGCCGCACUGGUCCUAAAACAGAAGCUGGGUUUAGAGAUUCUGAGCAAGGAACAAAUCAAAUCAAUUUGUCAGGCCAUCAUUGAGUCAGGAAAACAGUACUCCCGGAAGAAGAGAAAGCCUUUCCCUCUCAUGUACUCGUACUAUGGGACCGAGUAUCUUGGUGCAGCUCACGGCCUCUCGUCGGUGCUGCAGAUGCUGCUGAGCUACCAGGACGUGCUCAGCGGGGCGGAGAACGACCUGGUGUGGCAGAGCGUCGACUUCCUCAUGAACCAGGAGCAGAACUGUAACUGGCAUGCAGAGCUGGGAGCCAUCGUCGAGCGAGAGAACGAACUGGUGCACUGGUGCCAUGGAGCCCCCGGUGUUGCAUAUCUCUUUGCCAAAGCCUACCUGAUCAAAAAGAAACCCCAGUACCUGGACACCUGUAUCCGCAGUGGAGAGAUUGUGUGGCAGAAAGGUCUGCUUAAGAAAGGACCUGGGAUCUGUCAUGGAGUCGCAGGCAGUGCUUACGUCUUCCUCUUGCUGUAUCGGCUCACUGGCAACUCAAAAUACAUCUACCGAGCUCAGAGGUUUGCAGAGUUCCUCUUCACUGAGGAGUUUAAAGCAGGCUCCCGCUCAGUCACUUGUGUCUACAGUCUGUUUGAAGGCCUGUCAGGAACCAUUUGUUUCCUGGUCGACCUCCUGCAGCCGGACCAGUCGGAAUUCCCUUUGUUUAGUGUCUUUGUGUGAAUGGACUCAUGCAGUUCACCGACCUGAACAGACACCACUCCCUCUCUCCCAAACCCCCGAUUAAGACCUGUUUGUUAGUUUGAGUCUCUGAUGAACCUGGAUUGAAGCUGUGAUCAGAGUGGGAGUGGAGGGAGGGAUGGUAUUUGUUUGGGAUAUGUAAUGUCAUUUUUUUGAGUAGGAUUGCUGUAGAAUAAUGUUCUAGUUUUAUGUCUGUAUCAAAGUGGAUUGUGAUCUUUCAGGCUUCAUCAGACUCAUUCCGCUUACUGUAUACCAUCAUCUGUUUUAAAUUACAAUGUAGUAAACUGCACCUAAAGGUUUUCAAAUUUUGGGGUAAGAAAGGUGAAAACUUUCUCUUUUCACAUUUUUCCAUGUCAUGACAUUAUCAAACCUAAAGAUGGAGACACACUACACAUAUUUUAAGAUUCACUGUGAGUUGUACCGUUCUAGGAAUAAUUAUUGUGAAUAAAUGUCACAUGUAAGUUGUAGAAACAAAAUAUUCAGAACUGGUUUGAGAAUGAUCACACUCAGAUCACACAUUUUUUUUCUUCAGUAUCGUAUCAGUAACAGCCUUCUGUAAAUCCAUGGCUUCAUUUCAUAAAGAUACUGCUUUUAGCUGAUUAAGCUCAUUAUGUUACAAAGUCUAUACUUCAGUUCUUUAACCCAGGGGGGGCGGAAAGUGGUACAGUUUUAUGUCGAGUCAGAAACUCAUUAUUGAUGGCUGAAUCACAUCGGCAAUCGCGCUAAAGAAAAACAGAAAAGAGGGAAAACAGGUGUCACUUAAUGCCUUCGAAAUUGUAUAACAUAUCACUGACCUUUUAUUUAUGUCUUGAGAGGAAAUCAUUUUUUAAAAUGUUGUUAACAACCUUUAAAUGAUAAACAAAAGAGAUGGAUUUAGAUUUUGAAAAUACUAUAUGUUUAAAGCUGAGGUCCAAAUAACAGAUACUGAAGGAAAUGACUGCAGGUUGUUAGUGGGAAUGCUGUAAUACAACUAUCCGGCGUCUUCAGGACAUGAUGGCUAUGACUUUUCACUUUUUAACUACUUUAACUUUUAAAGUUAUUUCACUUUUUCCACAAAAUUUUUCCCCAUUCAAAUGAAUGGGAAAUUUUUCCACUUUUCCACUUCUUUCUCAGCCUUAUAACUUUGGCUCUGUUCCGCCUAGAGACUUCAUUUUUACUGUAAAACAUUCACACACUUUCCCACUAUUUAUACUACUUUCACUUUUCUUGCUACCUGUUAUACUUUUCAAACUGUCCCUCCAACUGUUUUGUGAUGUUUUUAACUGCUGUCACACUUUUUGAAUGGGUGUGUGUGUGGUGGAAUGUUCUGGGCUAGAGUGCGUGACAUCAUCGCUAGAGUGGGACAGAGUUCUGAGAUAGUUUCAAAAUCUCCCGAACAAAUUGCUCUACUGACCACAAUCUUCACCCCACACACAUAAAUGUACCCUCAAAAUGUAGGAAAACUUGUCCUCUCUCGCACAUUGAGUUUCCAGGACAGUCGGAGCAAAGGUUUUUACACUGUGAGCUUGAAAGCGGCAGGUGGUCCAGAUAAAUCUCCAUCUGGGGUAAUGGUAAACUUCCCAAAAACUUCCCUGACCAAACCUCUUGGGACUAACUUUUUAGAUCGCUGUGGUUUCCACAUUUCUUGGAUCCCAGACAUGAAAAUCACACCAACGCAUUCGGCCAUUUGUCCUCUUGCUCACAAAAUCAUCAUUUAGCCACCAACUCUUAAUUUAAGCCCUUGAAAUGAGCACUUAAUAGGGAGACGUUUUCACCUUUUUCUCAUUGUCUGACUGCAUUUAAGCUGUCUUUAUGCAGAAUCUUCUACUUGUUCUAUCACUUCUACUGUUUCUUCUUCUUCUACUGUUUCUUCAUCUUCUACUGUUUCUUCUUCUACUGUUUCUUCAUCAUCUACUGUUUCUUCUUCUACUGUUUCUUCAUCUUCUACUGUUUCUUCAUCUCCUACUGUUACUUCAUCUUCUGCUAAUACUUCUUCUACUACUUCUUUUACUUCUUCUACUUCUUGUUCUUCUGCUUUUACUACUUUUACUUCUACUUCUACUACUCU